CAGUUUCAUCGCUAAUCUGUCAUUUCAAUUCUAUUGGUCAUAUUUUUACAUGCUACCCAAAGUACUGACAGCAAAAUUACAUCCAGAUCAUGCGUCUAUUACGGAUGCAAGAAGAUGGAGAUCUCAACCUUGAGGACCAUACAGAAGAAGACAAGCCGAGCUAUGCAAUUCUUUCGCAUAGAUGGGGAAAAGACUAUGAAGAAGUCACCUUCAAGGAUAUGAUGGAUCACACAUAUAGGGACAAAAGAGGAUAUGAGAAGAUCCGCGGCUGUGGAGAACAAGCCAAAAGGAAUGACCACCAGCUCUUCUGGAUUGAUACCUGCUGCAUCGACAAAAGUAGCAGUGCAGAGCUUUCCGAAUCGAUCAACUCUAUGUGGCGUUGGUACUGCAACUCUCAAGUCUGUUACGUCUACCUAGACGAUGUCCGUGCAGAUAUCGAUGAGGCCGAGAAGGAUACUGCAUUUACCGAAUCAAAAUGGUUUACCAGAGGGUGGACACUCCAAGAGCUACUGGCACCCCCUAGGCUUGAGUUUUACGACGCUGAAUGGAACAUCAUCGGAACAAAAGACGAUCUAGCAGAAAAGAUAAGCGAGAUCACGAAAAUCGAUAAGCUCUUUCUUCACUCCAAUAUCACCUUACUCAAGCAAGCAAGUAUCGCUGAAAGAAUGUCGUGGGCCUCGAAGAGGACAACAAAAAGAGCCGAGGACAUCGCUUAUUGCUUGCUUGGAAUCUUCGACAUCAACAUGCCUCUGCUGUACGGCGAAGGUGCUAAAGCCUUCCAGAGGCUACAAGAAGAGAUUGUGAAGCACUCGGAUGAUCAGUCAAUAUUGGCUUGGACUUCACCGUCUGCAGAAAUUGACAGUGGCAAGCUUUUCGCCCAUUCGCCAGCUGCAUUUGCCUCUUGUGAACAUUUAGUGCGAAGCAUGCAAUCAGAACCGGUGAAGCCGUAUUCCAUAACAAACAAAGGGCUUGAGAUCAGUCUACCACUCCUCAGGGGAGCCGUUGACGGCGAAUUCCUCGCGGUGCUCAACUGCACACGGCGGCUUGACACAUUCGGUAGUUUGGCACUUCCGGUAAAGCAGAAGGGCAGCAGUCGCCAAUAUCAGAGGCGAAACGGCGAGCUCCAGCCUGUUCCCUUUACUGAUUGGGAUCUUGCAAGAGUGCAGCCAAUGUGUAUCAGCAUGCAGCCGCUUGCUGACUACUCAACAAACCACCUGAAGGACAAUACAUCCAUUCUACGCGCGCUGCCGAAAGGACUCAAAGUCUCACAGAUCUUUCCCUCCGGCCCACGGUCUCAUGAAACCCAUACGUUUGAAGGAAAUCGUUCAAGCUGUCCACAAGAUCCGGACAACCGAACCCUUGUGGUGCUCAGUUCGGGAACCACUCGCUGCUACCUUUUCAUGACGUUCUUCCGCGAGAAUUGGUUCUUUCACGACUACGUCUGGGAUGCCCGGCUUCUCCCUGUUCUCGUCGAUGACAGCUCCGAUAUUGAACAGAUCUUCAAUGCAUGGAACUAUAAGGAUCUGUCAACUCUGCAACGGGUUCAACAUUCAUCUUAUGGUAGAGUGGCUCUUCGAACAGUAGCACAGGUCAUCCAAGGCCGAAGAGUUACAAUCAUCGAGAUCCUCGAUUGUCGCUCAGAUGAUUUUAUACGCCCUCGGAACAUCUAUGAAUCACUACUUGUAGUCGUUCGAUCUAUUGGAUACCGCCUAUGUCGUGUCAUUUACUGGACCUUUGAUCUGUUAUUCAAGGGGGGCAAUCUCCUUGACCUUACCUGGCCCGCCGCAGCGCUAAUGCUGUUUUGCAUUCCAUACUUAUCACCAUCCCGAGAUCCUGACAAGUACCAGACGCCAAAGAUGUACAUCAUCUCUACUUUUCUAAUUUUCGUUUUUGUUAGGUGGAAUAUCUGGCGCAUGAUUCAGCAGCUCCAACGAGAAGAGAGAAUUGUUCUAGGUUGGCAAGAUGUUCGAGAGUUCGAUCCAAUCAUUGGCUAUACUGCUGUUCUGGUAGUAGUCGUCUUUCUACCUUGUAUUCUUGUCGAGCGGUAUCUGGAAUAUAAUUUUGGGGCUAUGUGGAUGAUCGUAGGGGCUCUAGCAUCGCCUAUUAUGAGUUGGUAUCAUUCGAAGAUGAUUCCGGUUAGAUUUAGGGGAUCUAAGACUUAGUAGCUCUUAGCUUUACCCUAAAGCGAAGCAUGCGCAUAUCUAUAGUCUAGCUAAGCUAGGGGGGAAAUAUUGAGUUCUUGGGCGAGUACGGAAAGACAACUAGCGGGCGAAACUCUAAGAGAGCUUUGGUGGAAUGGAGAGAAGGGCGUUGUGGGGCAAACGGGGUAUCAUCACAUGGGUUAUGGAGAGACUACCGAUGACCAACAGUACGCAUUUCGAGACAGCUGUACAUCAGGUGGCCAGAGGAGAAGCUCUAUAAAUGUCUAGCGACUAGCCUAUACACCGCAUAGAAGAAUUCAAUGACAAUUGGAAC